GGAAGUAGAAGUUGAAAAAACUGGAAUACCGCGGACGAAUUUCGCGCACGAUGGCUAAAACCGGACGGGCUGCAGGAGCGAUGCGUUUGCGGCGCGUGCCACUUCCAAUCUGGCGCUGGUGCACUUCCGUGAAUUUCCCGGCGAAGUCGCGGAGAAUCCAGUAGAUUCUGGAGGGGCGCCAUGGUUCAGCUAGGCAGCAAAAGCCCAUUUGGUCAGUCUUUUGACAAUUCUGUCUUCAUCAUCCCGGCCAUCGUCAUCCUCGCUAUUGUUGGCUUCUGUUCCUAUAAACUGGUACGAUCUUUGAAAGCCAAGGAAGAGAGACAAAAUCAGCGACGAGCCAAACGUGAAGAGAAAAAGACAAAGAAAACUAAGAUUGCCUUUUACCUAUCGAGUUUUAUGCAUCAAUGGAGUUUCCGUUUUCUGCGUCGGGAUGCCAUCUUGAAAAUCUUUAUUGUCGGAACAAGCACAAAAUGGUUGUCGCCAGUUCAUCAUGCAUCUAGGCUAGGCGAAGUCAUGAAACGCGCACUGUUGUCUGCACGAAAGCAGCUCGUGCUGGCGAGGUUUGGAUCUAUCACGAAGACACCUGCAUCGGAAGUCACUCCAGCAAACGCGGAAUUUGAUGAGGUUACUCACACAGGGCAGGCAUGGGAUCAAGCUGACUAUCGUCUGCAGAGAUUUGACAUUGCAAAGAAACAGGUCAAUCCGAACAUUGCCAUGCAUCUUGUGCAGGAGCGUCCACCGCAAGACUGUGGCGAUAAACGCGUCAUCUACUGCGACGGCGGAGACGGCGAACAUCCUGCAUUGGGACAUCCUCGCAUUUUUAUCAACCUCGACAAACCGGGAAUCCAUGCAUGCGGUUAUUGCGGAAACAGGUUCUACAACUCUCAUGUGACCAAAGGAGAUGACUUGAGCAUUCAGCAUCUGAACUGCUGAUCAUGAGUCGCAUCAGUAGACAUAGUAGAGCGAGCCUGUAUAAAUAAAAUAUUGCCAUAAUCAUUCGUUUAUUAGAUC